AUGUCCACAGACAGAGACCCAUCCGUCACAGCUAAACUUCUUCACCUCAUCUUCCUCUCCACGUUCUGGGGCAUGCAGAUCUGGGUCACCUUCAUCUCCGGCUUUGUGAUGGACAGCAGUCUGAACAGACACACUUACGGCUUCAUCCAGAGUCGCCUCUUUCCCUUCUACCUGCACGUCGGCUCCGCCUGCGCCUUCUUCAACCUCGCCAUCUUCGCCAUGUACCACCCCAGCGACAUGCUCGACGACAGGGAGGCCUUCCAGAUCUUUAUCUUCUUUGUGUGUGUGACGGUUGCGGCGGUCAAUGCCCAGUGGUUUGGCGAGAUGGCGUCUGACAUCAUGGCGGACAUGCACCUGAUUGAGCAGGCCUGUGGGCUGGGGCAGGACAUCGGCCUGUCGUCCAAUCGCGAGGCUUACGCCAAGCUCUGUGAGUCCGACCCAAAGUACAAGCGUCUGAGCAGCCGCCUGUGGCUCUACCACCUGCUGUCCUCCCUGUGCAACCUGUGCUGUAUCGUCUGUAACGGGUACAGCCUGUACUACCUGGCAGAGAACCUGUCCACUCUCUGACCACGCCUCCCUGUUCCUCAGACCAAACCAAAUCUUCUUACAAUGCAAGUCAACCCCCGCUGCUCCUGCCCAAGUGGUACACCCCAACAUUACCCCACUCCGUACAAUUGUGCAGGCCAGUCCGAGUGCUUUCAUAGACCAGCGCAGGACUAAAUUAACACUCUCAGAGUUAAUCAGA